UUAAUCGUAUGGAGGUCUGCCUACAUGUUGGUCUUCACUCUGUUGGGACGGGGUUCUGGAGUGUUGUAUACAAAACAGAGCGGGAUCAUUGAUUUUCUACUCAUGAUUAAAUAAUGUAUUAUUAUACAUGUGUACGUUGACGCGCCAUGUCAGUGUAAACACGUGUCCUACAUUAUAGUAUCACGAGGAAAUUACUAUACUCCUAAAAUUAACAGAUUAACAAAGGGAAUGUGAAGACGAGAUUAACGAAUAUCGGAAAAAAGGGUUUUUCUGCAACAUCGGUCUCGGGAAAUGUCUCCGACUAGCUGAUUAAGAAGAUUACCCGAUAGGAUGACUGACGCACUGAAUGUGCACGUGAGGACGGUGGUUGAACGUCUGCUGCAGAGGGACAUUCCUGAUCAGAUCGGAGAAGCAUCGGGUGUGCACUUCGAACUUACAAGGAUGCGAACAACAAAUCUACAUUUACCAUCAGCGGCGUUGAUACAAGACAACAUCACUACAAGAGGUGGGGGACUAAGCAUGACGGGAAGGUACCGCUUUACGUACGGCAGAAUACUAUCUGGUGACGGAGAUUUUGACGUCAUUGUUUCAGGUCUUUCAUUGGUCAUCAGUCUCCCGCCACGACAUCGUCAACAUAACACCCGCCAUUCUAGGGCUUCCCCAGUCAACUCAUCUCACGGAGAACCCCGGGAUCAUCAUACAGCGGACCAUGACACUAUCAACAGAUUCGUUCACCAUGGCAACGUCGAGUGUACAGUGAGGAAGGUGAAGAUAAAGUUCCGGGGGAAGUCGGCCAGACUCUGUGGAUUUCUGACUAAGGUCUUCUCUAGAUGGAUUGUUUCGCAACUGCAAAUCAGCACUGCGGAAUUUGUAAAGAGUUGGUUUCGUGAAGAGCCAGACAUGUCUGUUAUUGCUUUGAUGGCUCUCUUUGCGAUGAAUGACCAAAAUGCAGUAGACGAAGAAGACAUACAUGGUGCUCUUUCAAGACUUCGGUGCUGGAGGUUUCGAAGGAGAAGAGAAUUACACUAGGCCACGUGAUGUUCUACACUUGGUCAUAUGACUAGUUCUUUCAAAUUUGGUUCUUCUAUAAGCAUUGAGGAAAAUACCGAAGUCAAUGAACAUUGUUUUGUCAGAUUUUAUUAUUAUUUAUUUUAAUAUAUACUUUAAUUUUAGUAUUUUUGUAACAACAUGUAUUUGACAAUAUAUUCGUCAGAGAAAA